AGGUCGCGACCCCGGAAGCACAUCCUUCAUCCUCUACCUUCUUUCUAGCAGAAAUGGCGGCUGCGGCGGCUCGAGUGGUGUUGUCACCCGCGGCGCGGCGGCGGCUCUGGGGUUUCAGCGAGAGUCUCCUAAUCCGAGGCGCUGCGGGACGGUCAUUAUAUUUUGGAGAGAACAGAUUAAGAAGUACACAGGCUGCUACCCAAGUUGUUCUGAAUGUUCCUGAAACAAGAGUAACAUGUUUAGAAAGCGGACUCAGAGUGGCUUCGGAAGACUCUGGGCUCUCAACAUGCACAGUUGGACUCUGGAUUGAUGCUGGAAGUAGAUAUGAAAAUGAGAAGAACAAUGGAACAGCACACUUUCUGGAGCAUAUGGCUUUCAAGGGCACCAAGAAGAGAUCCCAGUUAGAUCUGGAACUUGAGAUUGAAAAUAUGGGUGCUCAUCUCAAUGCCUAUACCUCCAGAGAGCAGACUGUAUACUAUGCCAAAGCAUUCUCUAAAGACUUGCCAAGAGCUGUAGAAAUUCUUGCUGAUAUAAUACAAAACAGCACAUUGGGAGAAGCAGAGAUUGAACGUGAGCGUGGAGUAAUCCUUAGAGAGAUGCAGGAAGUUGAAACCAAUUUACAAGAAGUUGUUUUUGAUUAUCUUCAUGCCACAGCUUAUCAAAAUACUGCACUUGGACGGACAAUUUUGGGACCAACUGAAAAUAUCAAAUCUAUAAGUCGUAAGGACUUAGUGGAUUAUAUAACCACACAUUAUAAGGGGCCAAGAAUAGUGCUUGCUGCUGCUGGAGGUGUUUCCCAUGAUGAAUUGCUUGACUUAGCAAAGUUUCAUUUCGGUGACUCUUUAUGCACACACAAAGGAGAAAUACCAGCUCUGCCUCCCUGCAAAUUCACAGGAAGUGAGAUUCGUGUGAGGGAUGACAAGAUGCCUUUGGCGCACCUUGCAAUAGCUGUUGAAGCUGUUGGUUGGGCACAUCCAGAUACAAUCUGUCUCAUGGUUGCAAACACGCUGAUUGGCAACUGGGAUCGCUCUUUUGGGGGAGGAAUGAAUUUAUCUAGCAAGCUGGCCCAGCUCACUUGUCAUGGCAAUCUUUGCCAUAGCUUUCAGUCUUUCAACACUUCCUACACAGAUACAGGAUUAUGGGGACUGUAUAUGGUUUGUGAACCAUCCACUGUUGCAGACAUGCUACAUGUUGUCCAAAAAGAAUGGAUGCGACUCUGUACAAGUGUCACAGAAAGUGAGGUUGCACGAGCCAGAAAUCUUCUGAAAACAAACAUGUUGUUGCAGCUUGAUGGUUCAACUCCAAUUUGUGAAGAUAUUGGUAGGCAAAUGUUAUGCUAUAAUAGAAGGAUUCCCAUCCCUGAGCUUGAAGCAAGAAUUGAUGCUGUGAAUGCUGAGACAAUUCGAGAAGUAUGUACCAAAUACAUUUAUAAUAGGAGUCCAGCUAUUGCUGCUGUUGGAUAUAAUCACAGAAGUGAACUUCAUGAAUGGAAAUGGAACAAGUUAUUUUCCAAGUUAUUUCAUACUCCUACGUGAACAUCCUUUUACCACAGCCUCAGCCACAGUACGUCUAAUUAUUUAAAAUUUGUGAUUAUCGCUGGUGGUCAACAAUUUUUUUGUUUUUCAUCCUUUAACUGGAAAAAGGAGGGGCUGUCUCAGUUUUUCUUCUAACUCUGUGUGUCACUUACAAUAAAUAAUGCUAGCUGUUAACAUCUACAGAGCAGUUGACAUGUGCCAGGCCUGUUUACCAGUUAAUCUUCUCCAUGAUCCUAUGAGGAAAGUACUAUUACUGUCUCCAUUUUAUAGAUGAGGAAAAUGAGGCACAGAGGAGACGUUAUGUAGCCACUACCACUGCAACUUGCUCAAAUUUCCGGCCAAGUUGGGCUCUAAUCCAGACAGCCUGACUCCUCAGCCUGUGUUUGUAUGCUGCCUCUCCUAAUUCAUUAUGUUUAUUAAUAAUUUUUCCCUGUUUUGUUAACACUUAUGUUUUAAAAAAAGUCAUCUUUAUUUACAUUUACUGAUCAUUUCUUUUGUAAUUUCUUCUAGUACUUACAAUAGUUUCAUUAACAUUUCCUAUAGAUUGAAAAAAUUUUUUAAUCUUUUUGGAAUUUUAAUAUAGUCAAGAAAGUAAACUUCUCAUUUUUCAAAAUCUUACUGUCAUUUAAUAAUCCUUCCCUUUUCCACUGAUUUGUGACACUAUAAUAGUAAAUUUUACAAGGGCUUGUUUUGGUUACUUAUUCUUGCCCUGGGGUUAUCUUUAAACUGACAACAGCUUUCUAAUAUAUUUGAUCGUAACUUCCAAAAACUGUGUAAUUUUUCCUUAUUUGUCUUGCAUCUAGUCACUUAACUCUCUUUUGCUUUUCUAGGCAGAUCCUAUAUUAUCUACAAAUAAUAUAUUUAUUUCCUUCUUUCCAAUAGUUGUCUCUUAUUUAAUAACUUAACUCACUGACCGAAACUCCCAAAAUAGCAUAAAAAAUAAAAAGCAGGCUGCUUCACCCCUGGAUUUUAGGUAAUAGCAUUAAUGCCACAUAGCUAAAAGUCUGCUAGCUGUGGGCCUGAAACAGUUAUCAAAGUAGGGAAUUAACUACAUUUCUUUUCAAAAUUCUUAUCAAAACGGAAUGGGUGUUAAACUGUAUUCUAUGUGCUUUCACUACCUACUCAGGAAAUCACAUGGAUUUAAUAUUAUCUGAGCUAUAAUUUUGCUAUAUUAAUAUACUUCCUAAGUUGGAUUCCUGAGAGAAACUCUGUGUUCAUGAACACUAUUAUUCUUUUAGUGUACUAUUAAAUUGCAUUUGUUAUUUUAUUUUAUUUUUUUUUUUGAGACAGGGUCUCACUCUGUUGCUCAGGCUGGAGCACAGUGGCACCCAAUCUCAGCUCACUGUAGCCUUAACCUCCCCGGCUCAGGUGAUCCUCCCACCUCAGCCUCCCAAGUGGCUGGGAUUACAGGUGCUCUCCACCAUGCCUUGCUAACUUUAUUUUAUUGAGAUGGAGUUUUGCUCUUGUUGCCCAGGCUGGAGUGCAGUAGCACAGUCUCAGCUCACUGAAACCUCCGCCUCCUGGGUUCAAGAGAUUUCCUGCCUCAGCCUCCCGAGUAGCUGGGAUUACAGCCAUGUGCCACUACGCCCGGCUAAUUUUUGUAUUUUUAGUAGAGACAGGGUUUCACCAUGUUGGCCGGGCUGGUCUCGAACUCCUGACCUUGUGAUCUGCCCACCUCAGCCUCCCAAAGUGCUGGGAUUACAGGUGUGAGCUAUCGCACCCAGCUCUUUUUUUUUUUGUAGGGGAGGGGUUUCAUCAUGUUGGCCAGGCUGGUCUUGAACUCCUGGGCUCAAGCGAUCCUCCCACGCUGGCCUCCCAAAGUGCUAGAAUUACAGGCCUGCGCCACCACGCCUGGCCACUAUUUUUUCAUGAUACAAGUAUCUGUACACACUUAUGGGGUACAUGUGAUUAUUUUGUUCAUAAUACACGAACAAAAUCCAUUUUUUUUUUUUUUGAGAUGGAGUCUCACUCUGUUGGCCAGGCUGGCGUGCAAUGGCACAAUCUUGGCUCACUGCAACCUCCACCUCCUGGGUUCAAGCGAUUCUCCUGUCAGCCUCUGGAGUAUCUGGGAUUACAGGCACCUGCCACCACGCUCAGCUAAUUUUUGUAUUUUUAGUAGAGACAGGGUUUUGCCAUGUUGGCCAGGCUUGGUCUUGAACUCCUGACCUCAAGUGAUCCGCCCGCCUUGGCCUCCCAAAGUGCUGGGAUUACAGGCGUGAGCCACUGUGCCUGGCUCAUUUUGUGCAUAAUUCAUGAUACAUGCAUAAACCACGUAAUGAUCAAGUCAGGGUAUUUGGGUAUCUAUCAACUUAAGUGUUUAUUAUUUCUAUGUAUUGUGAACAUUUCAAGUUCUGUCUUCUAGCUAUUUUGAAAUAUACAAUACAUUAUUCUUAACUAUCAUCACCCUACUCUGCUACAGAACACUGGGACUUAUUCCUUCUAACUGUAUGUUUGUAUCCAUUGACCAACCUCUCUUUAUCCCUCUCCUCCCAAUACCCUUCUCAGCCUCUGGUAUCUAUAUCAUUCUAUCUACUACCUCCACAAGAUCAACUUUUUAAGCUCCCACUGUUCUCAAGAGUGAGAACAUGCAAUAUUUGCCUUUCUGUGCCUAGCUUAUUUCACUCAACAUAAUGACCUCCAGUUCCAUCUAUAUUGCUGCAGACGUUUCAUUCUUUUUUAUGGCUGAGUGGUAUCCCAUUGUAUACAUAUACUUUUCUUUAUCAACUAGUCUGCUGAUGGACACUUAGGUUGAUUCCUUAUCUUUGUUAUUAUAAACAGAGCCGCAAUAAAAACAUGGGAGUGCAGGUA